GGCAGGAAUCCACAAACGCGUUCUACAAACUCGAAGCAAAACAAUUAUUCACGCAGAAGGAUACGAUACGGUUCAUUGAUAUACCACUGCGGAAAGGCAAUGCUUGCUCCCCGAUGAUCAGUAUUUGAAGCUGAAAUUCUCCAUUUUACAAUGGCAGAAACAAACGCAGCCGCAAAUGGAAUUCCAAACUCCACAACAAUGUCAAUGUUAGAGGCAACCACGCAUAUCCCAAUCGCCCAGCUUACGCCCUUACUUCCAGCAUCAGCUUCGAGAUCAGUUAAGGCGGUAGUGACUCUCACAUGGCCAUACAGUUCCCGCACGGGUUCUGUGGCUUUCCUGCUCGCCGAACCCGAUUUCCGCUUGCGCAGAAUCAGAGGCCAAGUGCGCGUACAAUUUUCAGGAUCGUCUGCGAAUGCUAUUGCGAAGUCUGGUAUUACCAGCGGAGACGAAGUCAUAUUAUGUUUGGAUGGAGUGGAAUACGUGGGAACUGAGGCUCCAAGUGCGACACCUGGAAGGGGUGUGGAGUUCGAAUUAAAGUUCACAGACAAACUGCUGCUUCAGUUUCGCCCUGAGGAUUCACAAGAUGUCAAGCUUAUCAGCCUCGAAAACCCUGAUCCCGAAGCUAAUCAGACAAGUGCGUCCCCGCCCCCGCCCACGCCAGCGACAGAUUUAGAGACCGAAAACCAAAUCCCAGAAAUUCCAGCAACACCUGUUUCACUUUUCAAGCAAGUGACUUCACAGAAUGUAGAAGAAUACUCUUCUCCGGCUUUCCUGAAACGUGAGCGAAUAUCAUACGGUUCAAUGUUCGAAGAAGGCUAUGACCCAUUUGAGGUUGAAGAUGGGUCAGUCCGUGGUAAAGGUAGGAAGAGAACUAGACUCAGUACAUCAUGGCGAUUUACGAGCAGGUCGCCAAGCCCCAGUCCAGAAGUCGAAGAGCCGGUAGUAGAAUCUUCGGAAAAUAGUAUCGAGGGGCCAGUAAACCAACAUGCGCCAUCAAUAACGGAUGAGGGUGUUCAAACUAUAGAGGCUGAAACUGAGGUAAUCGCCGAAGCGACUCAAACACUAGAACAAGAUCAGCCCAGGACCACUGAGGAAGCGGAGACAAAUGGUAUCGUACAGCUUGUGCAUGCGGAAGCUCCAUUACAGGGAACACUGCAGGCUGAAGAUGGGAAUACAAAUCCAAUGCCGCCUCCACACAAAGUAUCUGAUUCUAUCAUUCCAAACACCGAGUCACGAAAAAUACCGUCCGAUAAUAUAGAUGAAAAGUUACCUUCUUCCCCGCAACUACGACCUUUGCCAUCAGAAGGUCUUCCUUUAGUCUCUCCACUAGUAACAAACCGAGUUGAGAAGUUCGACAGCUACUUGCACAAUGAGCAUACUCAAGAUCUCGAAAUACCAAAUAAUCCAUAUGCGCUUCCCGCAGAGUCCGAUACACAGAUACUAGGUCACAGGAAAGAAGACGAUGUGUAUGAUGCCAAUCCUCUGCAUCACUUGAACGAUCAGUCGAAGUCGGGUCAGACUACCUAUAAUACGGCGUCAAUUCUUUCCGGAGACCAAUAUGACACCCUAAAUACCCAGAACACUUUUCCUCCUCACCAGCAACGUCGAAAUGAGGCCGAGGACCAUGGUGAUCAAUUAUUUGCCCCGUACAAUGCUCAUGGGCAAGAUUCCUAUACGUCAGCCGGCGUUUACGAAGAGACACCGAAAGAACAGGGCCAAUUCGUUCCCUCAGAAAUGGAGGAGGGUCUGGAUCAAUACAACUAUCCCGAUCCAGAGCAGACAUACACAGAACCAAACAACUGGACAACUCAGCCCAGCAUGGCCUAUCCCGACUUCGGAGAUAGUCAUCAACAAACUGCCAGUUUAUACCCCCAACUCCCCUCUACGACACCUAUGGUUCGGUCUCAAAGCGAUCAGUCUCAUCACUCCAGCCAUACUCAUCAAUCGCACCACUCUCCCCCAUCUCAAAUUGUAGACUUGACCGAGAGUAGUGAUGAGGAUGAAAAUGAAUGUGAAGACGAGGACGCUGAAGGAUUCCUUGAAGUCGAAGAUAAUAGUGAGCAGCAGCUGCCCAACUCGGCCUUCCCGGUGGAGCAUGGCGAACAAGGUUUCUACUAUGAAGCAAGGAAAGAAGAUGAAGACGAGGAAAUUAUUUACGACGAUCAGAACGAAACAGAUGGUUAUGGACAGGGCUACUAUGAUGAAAAUGAUGAGAAUAUGGGUUCAACGGAUAGAGGUGACUAUCUCGAAGAUUACGGGAACGGCAGUGAAGAAGAUUACGACGAAGAUAGCUACAGUGAGGGUGAGGGUGCGGAUGAGACGAGUAAUCAAGCGCCAGUUCAGCAACAGCCGGAGGUUAUAGAUCUUUUGUCUUCGGAUGAUGAAGAUGAGGAACCAGCUGAAGCCCCAGUUUCUCAAAUCAGAAAUGAUGUUGAUGUUGACGAGAAAAUUGAAUCAGGGGAAGAGUCGGAGGAAUACGAGGAUGACGGAGAGGAAGACGAAGAAGAGGAAGAGGAAGAGGGAGAUGGAAGUGUGGAAGUUUUUGGCGAAGAAGUUCAAAACGUUAGCAUCCGUUCUACAAAGUCCCAAGAAUUCGUGAGGGAGUCUUCGGAAGAGUCAGUUGAGGACGAGCCAAUGGUAAGUGAAAGAGCGCUAGUCAAUGACCACAUCGACGUCAUCAAACCCGACGCAGAAAUGUCUGAAACUGUGUUGAAUACAUCGGGCUCUGGCCUUGGCGCGCAAAUGGAUGCAGAUGAAAGCAUGCUUGAGCCAGAGGACGCAAAGCAAUCUCCACCACAAGAAAAUCUCGAGGAUGAGAUUGUUGUCGCACUAGAUUCUACUGAGCCUAUGGAUAUCGAGACCAGUACAACAAAUCCAUCUGCUACUGUUGACAAGAAUGAUGUCGAUAAUACUACAGACAAUCUCGACAGUCUACUCGAAAAACUAGAGGAAGUGGGCUCAGAAACACAGCUGGAACAAGGGUCUGCAAACACUGACAGCGAUGUACCCAAGAGUGAUGAUGAUGAAACAUUUAAGGACAGCGUCGAGAAUUUUGAAAAUGAGGACCUUGACCAAAAUUCGAAGGAAGCAAAUGCUGAGAAGAUUCUUUCGCAAGGGCCCGAAUCAGCCGAAAUGAUGGAUGAUACACAAAGAGCGACUCAAAUUGUACCUACCGGUAGCAAUGCAAAUACUACGAGUGUUGCACUCGAAAAUUUCCUACCAUCGCCAAUCACUGUAGAGAAAUUUAAUGUUGCAACAGUACCCAUUUCCACAGAUCGAAGCAUUAAGGAUCGAGCUGCCAAGUCUGGUUGGGCAAGGUCUUCUAAAGGGGAUACCCUGUUCUCAAAGACUUUUGGUAUAGAUGGCGCAAACGAUACGAGCGAUGCAAAUGAUAACAGUGAUGUGAAUGAUACGGGUGAUGAGAGCGACAAAGCUAAUAAGGAUUUAAUUUCCUCUCCUGCGUUACCAGCGACUGAAUUGGAAGACGAACCAGAGUUGAUUGAUGAAUCAGACCAGAUAUCACAGUCCCAAAGCACUAAUCAUGUCAUUGACACCACCACAGAUCAUCAGAAUGAUCAGCUUCCAACCCCUGAUGAUACUCAAAAGCAGAAUGUUGAUGAAAACAAUGAUGACGCAUUGACUUCGAUGUCAGAUCUACUUCAACUUCAGUUACGAGAAGAAAUGGGAGAGAUGGAUGAAGAUGUAGAGAUAAUGAUAACUGAUGCAGACAUCGAGAAGGAUCCAUCAGCGGACUUGCUUGAGAAUGAAGACAUGAAUUCUUCUCAAGAGGAGUCUGAUACGAUCUUGGAUGUAGCUCCAGACGCGGGUGCGAUAGACGAAGAUGAUGAAAUGAUCGACCCUGAGUCCGAAGACAUGGAGGUUCAAAUUACGAAGACAGAAAUACUUGAGCUCAAAGAAUCCGAAAUUACUGAAAUCGAAGUUAGGCAAGUCAGCGAAGAGAUUAUCGAGGGUAUAGCCGGGAAUGCGGAGGAAGACGGUGCUGAAGAAGAUGGUGCUGAGGUAAAUGUAGGAGGAGAAUUUGAAGAGAUCGAUUCAACUGUUGAUGAAGACGAGGAAUCCGAGGAGAGAGACUUGGAGAUGCAUGAAGGCGGAGCGUUUGAAGAGCGAGUUUCGGAUGUUGACGAAGAUGAGAUAUUCAGGGAGGGCGCUUCGGAUGCUGAUGAGGAUGAGGUGUUUAGGGAAGGCGUUUCUGAUGUUGAAGAUGAAGAAUUUGGAGAGCGAGACUCGGAGAUUGAACAAAUCGAAAUCAAUGUCAGGGAAGCCGAAACUACGGAGUUCAAAACUCAACAGACUCUCACAAAAUUAGCCGAAAACAGCAUUUUGGGAAAAGACCUGAAGAAUUUUGAAAUCACGGAAGAGGAUGUCAAGCAAACCAUUGAGGAGACCGAAGCUGUCGCCGAUGACACCGAAGCCUUUGUGUUGGAGAAAUUUAGGCGAGAACCUCCCAGUUCCCUAUCUCCCUUGAGAAGCCGUAACCGCAAAGAAUCUACACCUGAAUCUAGGAAAAGCCAAAAAGAGCCAACCCCAAUCAGCCCCAGGCACACACGAUCCAGCAAAGAUCCUUCACCUUCACCUGACUUUAAGAGGAGUAGCAAAGGAUCAGUGACUGUAAGUCCUAGACAAACACGAUCUAAGAAAUUGGAGUCAGUUGUGGAGGCUAUUCCUCCUGUUACACCAACAAAGUCCAACAAAGAGAACGAGAGACCAUCUACACGUGGUAGCAACCAGUCUAAAGGGUCGCCAUCUCUGGCUCCUGACGAAGAGAAAACACCAAAAGGUCCGGAUACAAGCGCUGAGAUGGCACUACUCGGACUACCUGAAUCACCUACAAAAGCCGGUCAUCAGCUUAGAGCACCAGCAACCACCGAUCCGAAACUCCGCCUAACUAAAUAUCUUCGUACUGAUUUGAGUGAAUUCACAACUCUCAAAAUGCUUCGUUUCAAAAUGAAUUCGAAACUAGAUAUUUUGGCAAUCGCUACGAGUGUACCCACUGAACCCCAAAGAGCAAAAUCGGGACCGAGACACUACACUAGCACUUUCACAAUCACUGAUCAAACUAUAGCUCCUUCCAGCGUAGUAGAAGUGAAAAUCUUCCGUCCAUACAGAGAUGCUCUUCCCAGACCUGAAAUUGGAGAUGGAAUAUUACUAAGAGAUUUCAGCGUCUUAUCAGUCAAAGGCAGAGGAUUCACAUUGAAAUCUGAAGAAGAGAGUAGCUGGGCAGUGUUCAAGGAUGAGGGUACAGAAAUAGAAGUUCGAGGACCUCCAGUUGAAUAUGGUAAUGGGGAAAAAAAACACAUGAAGGAGUUGAGAGAAUGGUUUGUUGCACUCGAUGAUCGUCAGAAGACGAAAUUAGAAAAGGUCAGUGCAGCUAUGGAGAAGGAUACUCAGGGAAAGGGUGCCACGGAAAAGGGAAAGAAGUGAGGGAAAUAUGGAUUUGAAUAUCUGGGAUUGAGAAGUGAGGCGUUUUCGGAGUUUAACCGAGGGCAGAACUUCAUGUAUAGAUAAGUGUAUUCUACUACGACUGCGGCGCAUAGGGGGCAAACUCGUUUGGGGACAUAAACACAUGGGUAUCGGGCUCAUGGAAAUACCAUAAUGAGAAUGUUCUCGGGAGAUGAGAUGAGCGCAGUUAGCUAGCCAUCUUAGUUUUUGAAACAGUAAUACAUCAAUUAGUAAUUGAUACACAUCUUCAAAAAUAAAUCGAGGUUGAAUACUUGUUGCGACGUCAAUGUGAUAUGGUGUGCUUGUGAUAUACAAGA